GGGGCCGGCCACAGGGGGCGGAGCUAUAAGGAUGCAUAUAUAAGGCCAGACGCCCGGGCGCCCCCACUUCUCUCGCGCGUUAGGAGGCUCAGGUCGUUGUGCUGUGCCGUCUUCCCGCCUGCGCCAGGGACUGCCCGACUCAGUGGCCACCAUGGCAUCAGAUGAAGGCAAGCUUUUCAUUGGAGGGCUGAGUUUUGAUACCAAUGAGCAAUCACUCGAGCAAGUCUUCUCAAAAUAUGGACAGAUCUCUGAAGUGGUGGUCGUCAAAGAUAGAGAGACCCAGCGAUCUCGGGGGUUUGGGUUUGUCACCUUUGAAAACAUCGAUGAUGCCAAGGAUGCCAUGAUGGCCAUGAAUGGGAAGUCUGUAGAUGGGCGACAGAUUCGAGUUGACCAGGCAGGCAAGUCAUCUGACAAUCGAUCCCGUGGGUACCGAGGUGGCUCUGCUGGGGGCCGAGGUUUCUUCCGUGGCGGCCGAGGCCGAGGCCGUGGGUUCUCCAGAGGAGGAGGGGACCGAGGCUAUGGGGGAAGCCGGUUUGAAUCUCGGAGUGGGGGCUAUGGAGGUUCCAGAGACUACUACAGCAGCCGGAAUCAGGGUGGUGGCUACGGUGACCGGAGCUCAGGUGGAUCCUACAGAGACAGCUACGACAGUUACGGUAAGUUAUGCUCCAAGGGUGCCACGUUGUCAUGGCCAGCUGUGGGAGCUCAGUGCACCUGGAGUCCUCUACGAGCAACUUAGGCUGGAUGCUCAGACUUUGUCACUGUGUUUGCCCAUAAGGAACAAGUCUGUUCUCUCAGAGCCAUUUCUACCACAGAACAUAAGAGCCAAAUCAAACUGACCAAAAAGGAAAGGGAGAGCAGGAACCUGCUGAGCAUUCCAGCAUAGGUGCAUGUGUGGCCGCUGGUCAUGCCCUCUCUCAACUAUGGGGGGGUUGGUUGCUCCUAAGGCCACAGGGCCCAGCCCUCCAGAUCUGGACUUGGGAGUGAAAUGCUGCGUCUUUUGCGUGCUUCAGUGCCUUUACACUGUACCUGCUUCUUGUCCUCAGCUACACACAACGAGUAAAAAUCCUUCCUGCUCAAGAUCGUCCUUCCAAUGGCUGUAUAUUUAAAGAUUUUGGGAGCUUCGCUGAAUCGUUAAUGUGUAGUGAACACACCUUGUAUUCCCACUUUUGUAGUCGUUUCAGUUCUGAUCUUGUCAAACCCAGCCUGACUGCUUCUGACCCCCAAGAUGGCCUCAUUGUUAAGACUUUUCUAUUUAAGGAAGUGCUGUCCAUUUUUAAGGGUUUUCCAAGAGUUGAAAAGCACUUAAGAUUUACUUUUUUCUUUUUACUAUGAGCCAUGAGUUCCUAAAUUGUCAGGGGUUUGGGGGGCGUUAGGGGGUGUUUUUUUGUGUUGCCUUUUUUCUUUUUAGUGGGGUCAGCCCCAUGAAGUUGGGUGCCCCAUUCACUUGUGUCUGAGAUCAAAUACUCUGAAUGUGCUCUUUGUCGGAAGCUGAGCAAGCUGUGGCUUGUUUCCAACUCCCUAUAACGUUUCUGAAUGUAGCAUGGUAGGACACCAUUGGGGCUGCAGCAGAGGCUGCCCAGCCCAUCUGCCCAUCUGUGCUGUGCGUGCCCUGCAGUAGACAUGCAGACAUCCCCAAGAGGUUCUUGAAGAUGUUUAUUUAUAUUGUCCUUUUUUACCGGAAGACAUAUGCAUACUUCAUCGAUGUUGUAUUUGCAGUGGCUAAGGAAUUCUUGUAUGCAGUUUUCUUUGGCUUUACGAAGCUGAUUAAAAGACUGUGUGAAAUGAAUCUUGCUCUGACAAUUUCCCUUUCAUUGCACAACACAGUCCCUGCUGGGCUUUUGCAGUCAGACCUGAGCAGAGAGCAGUUUGAGGAGUAGUAGGUUUGUGAGUCCCACGUGAGGCCUGCGGAGAGCUAGACAAGGAAGGCAGAGCAAACUUGACAUUGGUCGGGCAUUGUGAACAGCUAACUGCACCAUCCCCUUAGGUGAGCGAGGUGGGUGACGGGUAUGGGCAACUCAGAUGGCAGAGCAGCCCUGGGAGGCUUCUGGCAGUGGCAGCCAGAGGGCUUGACAGGACUGGCAGCUUAGCAGGGACAGUGGAUGCUUGGACACACCUGACACUGACCUAGAGAGCUUUAAUCUAGCAGCAGGCCAGAGAGUGGAGGGCACAUGGUGUCCCUGGGUGACCACAGACUGACCAGCUUGUUAGCUAGUUCUGCUCUUGCUUCACAAGUUCUGAGCGUUCUCUGCUAGCCUAUGGAAGCUGCAGCCCUCGGAGGACAGAAGUGUUGUGCGCCCAACAGAAACCUCUGAGAUGCAAGCUGCUCCCUUGGCUAGCUCAUAUGUGGAAAUAGCCCUGUAAUUCGAGGUAACUCCUUUCGCUCGUGUCCACAUCCCUCUUGUUGAGAGCUCAUUUGAAAGUAACGUACCCGGGGAAUGUGCCUUUGACUGUUUUUUGUUUUUUU